AUGAUAAAUAUAUUUAAUAUGUAUAAAUAAAUAACUAUUAUAAUAAGAUGUAUUAAGUGAUGUGAAGUAGAACUUUCAAUAAAGGUGAAAAACGAUUAAAAACAUUAUUAAAUACCUAAAACAACAAGAAAAACAGUCAGUUCUUUGUCCCAAUGCUUAUAUGAGGUCAUUUCUUUUGGUUAUUGAUCAGUGUGACAAGAUGAUCGAGGUUAUGUUUACUACGAAGUGAAAUUUAAAAACAUUUACUUCAUAGUCCGAAUGAACUUUAGUAGUGGUAUGGAUACUAGUAUUCGUUACCAAUUUAAAUGGAUUUUUCUGCAACCGCCUGAGAUAAUAAAAUAUAAAAGCUUCUAAUCGAUAAUAGCUACUCGGAAAUACUCAAGACAAGAGUUGCCAAUAAAACAGUCCUAAAUUAUUGUCAGUUAAAGUCUUGAUAUUUAGAACUAUUUAAAUGAAUAUUACUAAUUUUUGAAACAGUUGUGAUAAAAUUAGCAGUGUGUAGUGGUUAAAAUCCAUAGCAAACAUUAUGGCUAAUUUGGACGAUUUUAAAAUAGAAGAUGCAGAUCUUUAUGAAAUUUUGGAAAUAGAACCAUCAUCCACCGCAACAGAUAUCAAAAAAGCUUACAGAAAAAAAGCACUUCAAUGUCAUCCUGAUAAAAAUCCUGAAAAUCCUAAUGCUGCUAAACAAUUCCAUCAGUUAACAAAAGUUUUAGAAAUUUUAACUGAUGAAUCUGCAAGAAAAGCUUAUGAUAAAGUAUUAAGAGGUAAAAAGGAGGCUGCUCAAAGACACAAAGAAUUAGACAAUAAACGAAGAAAACUAAAAGAAGAUCUUGAGGCCAGAGAAAAAUUUGCAGCCACUGAAAGAACUACUGGGAAAACAGAAGCACAAAAGUUAAAGGAAGAAAUAGAAAGAUUACGUAAAGAAGGUAAUAAACAAGUAGAAGAAGAAAUGGAAUAUAUUAUGAGAAAAAUAAGAGAAGAAAAACCAAAAAAUACACAAAUAGAUAGAUGGAAUCCUAGCGAGCAUCGUAUUAAAAUUAAGUGGAAAGCUACCAAAAAUGAUCCAGAUAAUGGGGGAUACACACAAGAAAUACUUUCUAAAUUUUUAUCAAAGUAUGGAGAUCUGUCUGCAUUAAUUAUGUCUUCUAAAAAGAAAGGAAGUGCUUUAGUUGAAUUCACUACCCAAAGAGCGGCAGAAAUGGCUGUGCAACUAGAAAAAGGAUUGUCCACAAAUCCAUUAGAAUUGCGAUGGCUUAAUGAACCACGUGAAACAAUCAAUCAUAGGGUGUACAGUUCAACCAUAAAACCGUCCGAUUACGAGAGUGUGGUUUUAACAAAACUUCGUCAAGCCGAAGAACGAAAACGAUUAAUCGAACAAAUGAUGGCAGAAGAUAACGAAACUUAGUCAUGCCAAUAAAAUUACACUGUACAAAGGGUAGUUAAAUCCCUGUGCGUAAAAUAUAAAAUAGAACAUUAUUAAUAACAUAAUUACUUUAAGAAAAAAAUUAGUUGAUUUAUUUUGUACCUAAAUAAAAAAUAUUUCAAAUUGUUCAUUUUAAUAAAAAUCUAUCAUUCAAAUCGUUAACUCGAAAAA